AUGGCAUCCGCCGCCAAACGCCAGUCCAUUCUCCCCAGGGUCCAAUCUGGACCUAAAGCUCCCGUGAAUUUCUCGUCCUCCAUCACCAUUGCCGACACAGCCAUUCUGGCCGGAAGCCACACCAUAAACAUCAGCUCCGAAUCCGUAAUUCAUCCGCGCGCGAGACUCGACUCCUCCAGGGGCAGGGUGACUAUCGGAAGACGAUGCAUAUUACACGAGCGAAGCCACAUUGGCGCCAUCGGAGCUGACCCUACACCCGCCUCCUUUGGAGUGCUCCUGGAGGACUACGUCACCAUCGAGGUUGCAGCUGUGGUCGAGUCGGGCGAAACCACCAUUGCCGAGGGCACCGUUGUUGGCAUCGGCGCAAGAGUCGGUAGGGGCGCCAAGAUCGGAAAGCACUGCACAAUCACGGCCAAGAGUGUCAUUUCGCCUGGAGAGGCGCUGCCAGACCAUACAGUAGUCUACGCCAAUGGCACCAGACGAACUGACAAACGUGACAUCAACGACUUAAAGAACAAGGCGCAAGCGCGUCAAAUUGAAGUCCUGAGAAGGUUGAUACCAAGCAAUCCUGCCAAGUUCAAGGAUUGA